AUGUAUCGACCAAGCUUCCUUGACCCUGGCAGAAAGACAGUUUUUACAGCUGCUGUUGGACUUGAUCCUAAUGAACAUCAACUGAGACAUUGUACAACCAAGGAAUAUUAUCAUCUGACAGGCUCUACAUUGUAUGCCAGGAAAUUGCAACAAGAAAAGGAUACUGCUGGAAUUACAGCAAUCGAGUCUGCUACACCUUCAGCUAAAACUGGCAGAAACAUACAAUUUCUUCGGUAUGCCGAUUACAUGCUUCCCAACAUGGACACUUUGUUUACUUUUUGUGACUAUAAUACUGCUAAAUAUCGGUUCAACUUAUACCAAGGCAAACAAAGAGCUCCUGACAUGAUGGUCAAUAUUUUGUUGAGCGGCAGUGCUAGAUACAAUAGGAGAAGACAUUUUAGGAAGAAGAACAGAAAACAAGAACGCCAAAACAAAAAAGACAAAUCAAAAGUUCCAUUUGUUGUGUUCGGGAACGGGAUGUUUGGGAAGGAUCGGGUGAAGCUGAAAGGUUUACGCUGUAGUGUUGCUGGUGAUCUUCUAGUACUACCAAUUGAUGAACAUCCAGCCUCUAAGAUCUGCAAAAUAUGCAAAAGUAGGACCCUAAUAGACCAUCCAAACGUCAAAGGCAAAUUUAUUGUCCAAAAAUUCAUUUUGAUUCGCCCAGAAAAAGAAACUGGAAUCGUUUAA